AUGGCACUUCAAUCCCAGCAUGGUCUCAUUAGGAAGGGAAAUAGAUAUAUCAGAAAGGUGUCUCUUUGGUCGAAGAUUAAGAAUUAUCCUAUAGACCAAUGGAUCAAUUUGAACGAGAAUAUCAAUAUAGUUGAUUGGGAUCAACUGUCUGAAACAACAGCUUUGCGGCUGGGAGUUGCCCUCAACGUACUCUUUUGGUUGCUGAGUUUGGUAAGAAACAGUCUACGAAGUUCUUCCAUUUAUAAUGAAGACCAUUUCUUCAAAAGCAAUUUCAGAGAGUUGGAGAGAAAGAAGUUGAAAGAGUAUGGCAAGCUGGCACCUUCCUCAAGUUCAGAGUGGUCAUGGGCAAAGUACACCUGCGAAAGUGUAGCUACUUUCCUGUUCUUAUCAUUAUUUAUUUUUUCAAUCGUCAAUGCUAUACGAGUGCUGACAACCACAAAGACUUAUAAGUUCAUCUAUCAUGAGAAAUUGAAGUACGAAAAAUUGUUUCAAAAGCAGAAUCAAGUAGCCAAGAAGCUACCUCCUUUGAUUCAACGUUUAUUCAGAAUCAAGCUAAACGAUCCCUGGGUUCUACACUAUUGGAAUCCAAAUAGGUUUUUUCUACGUUUGAUGGUAUUAUUUUCCCCUGUUCACACCUCAAUUAUAAUAUUAAACGGAGUUACGUUGAACGUAAUGCUUACGGUUGCCAUAAUGACGUUUUUCCUGUACACAUUAACUACAAAGUUUGAAGAUAGAGUAGAUCAAAAGGAACUAAUCCUGAAAGAGGUAGCCUAUGAGUACGAUGCAAAAUUUGUCAUUCCCAAUACCACCAGAGAUUAUAAAGAGGUAGCCAUCGAUUCUACAGACAAAUUCAACUCAAAUUCAGUUGAAGUUUUCCCAAAAGCCCAAAAAACAAAAGUAUUCCUAAUUCAUGACUCAAGGGGGAACCUCACCGAUAUAGAUUCUCCUAGUAAGUUACCUUCCUCGUGGUUGAAGUCAGCAUUUAAACCACGCUAA